AGUCAAUAGUGCUUUGAUCGCGACAGGAAGCGGUAGGAUGUCAGGUUGGGAUCGUGAGGCCUCGCGGUCUGGAUCCGGCGAUGGACGGAUAUAUGUCGGGAAUCUGCCAUCUGAUAUUCGGGAGAAGGAACUAGAGGAUCUCUUUGAUCGCUAUGGUAGGAUCCGGACCGUAGAGUUGAAGAACCGGGGCGGCAGUAGUGCCCCUUUCGCAUUCAUCAGCUAUCAGGACCCCCGUGAUGCAGAGGACGCAGUGUUCGGAAGGAAUGGCUAUGACUUUGGCUCGUGUCGACUACGUGUUGAGUUUCCGCGUUCCUUCCGGGGAUCUGGCGGCGGCGGAGGUGGUGGCGGCGGAUAUGGAGGCUCCCGGGGAAGAAAUUGUCCGCCAUCUCGCCGCUCUGAAUACAGAGUCAUUGUCUCAGGUCUUCCACCCUCAGGAAGCUGGCAGGAUCUGAAGGAUCAUAUGCGGGAAGCUGGUGAUGUCUGUUAUGCUGAUGUACACAAAGAUGGAAUGGGGAUAGUCGAAUUCAUUCGCAAAGAAGAUAUGGAAUAUGCUUUGCGGAAGCUAGAUGAUACAAAAUUCCGCUCCCAUGAGGGUGAAACUUCUUAUAUCCGUGUGUCCCCAGAGAGGAAUACCAGCUACUCUCGCUCCAGAUCCCGUUCUAGAGGGCGUGACUCCCCAUAUCAAAGCCGUCGCUCGCCUCGUUAUGCUUCUCCCUUUCGACAGUACUGAGUUUCCACUAUAGGGACACUUUCUAUGAAUUGAAUUCUAAACCCCUUCUACUCAUAACAACAUUCCGCGACUGAUGGAUUUCAUCAACUUUUAUACCAUUUUUUUUUUUUUAAAGAAAUGUUUUCUUGACAUAAGGUGUGUGUUUUUUUUUUUUUUUUUCUUUUAA